UAGAAUCUACACAUUGCUGUCAAAACAUUUUUUGUUUAAUGUCUAGUAAACGUUUAGGAGAUCGCAUUUCGUAUUAGUUUUUUUUUUUUCUAGUGAGGAAAGAAAUUAUCACUGCAGAAUAAACUUCACAUUUGCAAACAGUUUACAAUGGCACAUAUUCCGGCUACUUCGUUAGGCAGUAAAAGUAAGAAACAUUUUCUAGGAGUUCCUGCUCCUCUUGGCUAUGUCGCCGGUGUGGGACGAGGUGCAACUGGUUUCACAACCCGUUCCGAUAUCGGUCCUGCGCGAGAUGCUAAUGAUGUUUCUGAUGACCGGCAUGCUCCACCAGCGGCCAAACGCAAGAAGAAGGAAGAGGAGGAGGAAGAUGACGAGGAUCUCAAUGACUCCAAUUACGACGAAUUUAGCGGUUACAGCGGUUCGUUGUUUUCGAAAGAUCCCUACGAUAAGGAUGAUGCUGAAGCGGAUGCCAUUUACGAAAGUAUCGAUAAGCGAAUGGACGAGAAACGUAAAGAGUAUCGUGAAAAACGAUUAAAAGAAGAUUUGGAACGAUAUCGUCAAGAGCGACCCAAAAUCCAACAACAGUUCUCCGAUUUGAAACGUAAUUUAAUCGCCGUAUCCGAGGAUGAGUGGGCUAAUCUACCGGAAGUCGGUGAUAGCCGCAACAAAAAGCAACGUAAUCCACGAGCGGAGAAAUUCACACCACUGCCCGAUAGUGUGUUGUCGAGGAAUUUGGGAGGAGAAACAGCUAGUACAAUCGACGCCCGUUCGGGGUUGGCUUCAAUGAUUCCGGGAGUUGCAACACCUGGAAUGCUCACUCCGAGCGGAGAUUUAGAUUUGAGGAAAAUCGGUCAAGCCAGAAAUACACUGAUGAAUGUAAAACUGUCGCAGGUUUCUGAUUCGGUGGCCGGCCAAACUGUUGUGGAUCCUAAGGGAUAUUUAACAGAUCUUCAGAGUAUGAUUCCAACCUACGGUGGUGAUAUAAACGACAUUAAGAAAGCUAGGCUGUUGCUAAAGAGUGUUCGUGAAACGAAUCCUAAUCAUCCGCCAGCAUGGAUAGCCAGUGCUCGUUUGGAAGAAGUUACAGGCAAGGUACAAAUGGCUCGCAACUUGAUAAUGCGAGGCUGUGAAGUCAAUCCACUAAGCGAAGAUCUUUGGCUGGAAGCAGCACGCUUGCAGCCCCCAGACACGGCAAAAGGUGUAAUUGCACAAGCUGCUAGGCACAUUCCUACGUCGGUCAGAAUAUGGAUCAAAGCUGCCGAUUUAGAAACGGAAACCAAAGCAAAAAGACGCGUGUUUCGUAAAGCGCUGGAACAUAUUCCAAAUUCUGUUCGGCUGUGGAAAGCUGCUGUUGAAAUGGAGAAUCCGGAAGAUGCUAAAAUUCUACUUUCAAGAGCUGUAGAAUGUUGCAACACCAGCGUUGAACUGUGGCUUGCUUUGGCUCGGUUAGAAACGUACGAAAAUGCCCGCAAAGUGCUUAACAAAGCUCGAGAGAAUAUUCCGACAGAUCGUCAGAUUUGGACAACAGCUGCUAAGUUGGAAGAAGCCAACGGAAAUAAUCAUAUGGUUGAGAAAAUCAUUGAUCGUGCAAUGACAUCGCUUAGCGCCAAUGGCGUUGAGAUCAAUCGGGACCAGUGGCUUCAGGAAGCUAUGGAAGCUGAAAAAGCUGGUGCCAUCAAAUGUUGCCAGGCGAUCGUUAAAUGUGUCAUCGGAGUUGGAAUUGAUGAGGAAGAUCGCAAACAAACAUGGAUUGAUGAUGCAGAUCAUUGUGCUAAAGAGGGGGCCUUCGAAUGUGCACGGGCAGUGUACAAUUUUGCUCUUUCGGAGUUUCCUUCUAAAAAGAGUAUUUGGUUGCGAGCUGCCUAUUUCGAAAAGAAUCACGGUACUCGUGAAAGUUUAGAAGCUAUACUACAAAAGGCAGUCGCUCACUGUCCGAAAUCAGAAGUCCUUUGGUUGAUGGGUGCCAAGUCCAAAUGGUUGGCCGGCGAUGUACCAGCAGCUCGUGGUAUUUUGUCACUGGCUUUUCAAGCAAAUCCCAAUUCGGAAGAUAUUUGGUUGGCCGCAGUUAAACUGGAGUCGGAAAAUGCUGAAUAUGAACGAGCGCGACGACUUCUGGCAAAAGCAAGAGCUUCGGCUCCCACUCCCAGAGUUAUGAUGAAGUCUGCCAAGCUUGAGUGGGCUCUCAACAAUUUGGAAACUGCUCUUAGUUUAUUGGAUGAUGCCGUGAAAGUUUUUCCGGAUUUUGCUAAAUUAUGGAUGAUGAAGGGACAGAUCGAAGAACAGAAAAGGCUAUAUGAACAAGCAGUUGAAACCUAUAACUCCGGUUUGAAAAAAUGCCCUAACUCGAUUCCACUUUGGCUUCUAUUGUCAAGUUUAGAGGAACAAAGAGCUCUGCUUACCAAAGCACGUUCUGUCCUAGAGCGAGGUCGUUUGAAAAAUCCGAAGAAUUCAAUUCUUUGGCUAGCUGCGAUCCGAAUCGAGAUACGGGCCGGUUUGAAAGACAUGGCAAACACACUAAUGGCAAGGGCGCUACAGGACUGUCCAAAUGCAGGUGAGCUGUGGGCCGAAGCAAUAUUCCUAGAAGCUCGACCACAACGAAAGUCCAAAUCUGUGGAUGCUCUGAAAAAAUGCGAGCACGAUCCACACGUCCUGUUAGCAGUUUCAAAACUUUUUUGGAGCGAGCGGAAAAUUCAAAAAUGCCGCGAUUGGUUCAAUAGAACGAUAAAAAUAGAUCCAGACUUUGGAGAUGCUUGGGCUUAUUUUUACAAAUUUGAAUCACAACACGGAACUGAACAACAGCAGAAUGACCUACUUGAACGAUGUGUUGCGGCUGAACCUAAACAUGGAGAAGGAUGGUGCCGAGUAAGUAAGGACAUUGCUAACUGGUGUCUCAAAACAGAUGAAGUACUAAAAGCAGUAGUGGAGAUACUACCUACACCAAUAUAAAUCGUGCUGCAGGAAGUUGAUAAUAAAUAUGCUUUGGAGAGUAGAAAUAAAGUAUUAUCAAU